AGAUAAAUCUCUUACAAUAAAUCAAAGAAUAAAAAUAAAAUAAUCGUUAAGAGACAAAUAGAGUUAAAAUGAGACAAUUGUUAAGAGACGAGAUAGAGUAAAAACAGCCCGUACAGUCAAAAGCUAACCCAAUCUCUCAUCACAAGCACCAACCAAUACAGCAGUAAGCAACAGCCAGAGGGCCAUAGUCCCAUGCACUGUCGGUUUCUGAACAAUAAUAAAUACCCCUCAUUUUUCCAUAAACCCAAUUAAAUUACGCCAAAAAUGCCAUAAAAUCAACAAGACCCACCCACUUUUUCAUACCUACACAAGGUUUCACAUGGACCCUUUUCAUUUUCACUCUUUUCUUCUUCUUUUUCUUUGUUUUUCUCUUCUUUUUUUAGGUUCUUUUGGUACAUUUCUUGAACAUGAAAAGCCUAAAGAUGGUAAAUUUUGGAAACCAACUAGAAGAUUAUCGUUGGAAAAUGAAGAAAUUAGGCCUUUUAAGAUUAUGUUUAAAGAUGGUGCUAGGAAUUGGACUGAUGCUCUUCCUAUUGGUAAUGGUCGUCUUGGUGCUAUGAUUCAUGGUGGGAUUCUUUCUGAGGUUAUUAAUCUCAAUGAGGACACACUUUGGACCGGCAUUCCCAGGGACUAUACAAAUUCAAGUGCUCCAGAGGCACUGGCAACUGUGAGAAAGCUCGUCGACAAAGGAAACUAUUCUGAAGCUACUGCUGUGGCAGACAAAGAGCUUUCCGGAGAACCAUCUGAUGUUUACCAACUUUUGGGUGAUCUCAAACUGGACUUCCAUGAACAUAAUUCUACUCAUAAUUACCAAAGAGAGCUAGAUCUGAAUACUGCAACUGUUACUGUGAAUUACUCACUUGGUGAUGUGAAGUUCACGAGGGAACAUUUUGCGUCAAAUCCCGAUCAAGUGAUUGUGACCAAGAUCUCAUCCAGUAAAAAGGGCUCCCUCUCCUUUACAGUGUCUUUGGAUAGCAAAAUGCAUCAUCAUUCCUACACUGACGACAAAAACCAGAUUAUUAUGGAGGGAAGUUGCCGUGGUAAAAGGAUACCACCAAAAAUAUAUGAAGUUGACGACUCUCCAAAGGGAAUCCAGUUCUGUAUGGUUCUCAAUCUACAAAUUGGUGGUGAUAGUGGGGUAAUACACAAUAUAGAGGAUCAGAAAUUCAGAGUUGAAAAUGCAGAUUUUGCAAUAGUUCGUCUUGUGGCAUCAUCUUCAUUUGAUGGACCAUUCACAAAACCUUCAGAUUCCUUGAAAAAUCCAACCUCAGAGGCUCUAACAAGGAUGAACUCAAUUUGUAAUCUUUCAUACUCUGCUCUCUAUACCCGUCAUUUAGAUGACUAUCAGAAACUCUUUCACCGUGUCUCACUUCAGCUGUCGAAAAGUAGCAAGACUGCUAAUAAAGAAAAUGAAGCAGUUCCUACUGCAGAGAGGAUAAGAUCAUUUAAGACUGAUGAAGAUCCAUCUUUGGUGGAGCUAUUGUUUCAGUAUGGUCGAUACUUGUUGAUUUCUAGCUCUCGGCCAGGAACUCAGCCUGCAAAUCUGCAAGGAAUAUGGAAUAAGGAUAUUGAGCCACCAUGGGAUGGUGCUCCUCAUACGAAUAUAAAUCUUCAGAUGAACUACUGGCCUUCUCUUCCUUGCAACCUUCAUGAGUUGCAGGAGCCAUUGAUUGAUUUUAUGUCUUUCCUUGCAGCCAAUGGGAAAAAAACCGCCAGCAUAAACUACGAAGCUAGUGGGUGGGUUUUGCACCAAGUGACUGAUAUUUGGGCAAAGACAUCACCUGAUAGAGGGCAAGCAGUUUGGGCAUUGUGGCCAAUGGGUGGGGCUUGGCUUUCUACUCACUUGUGGGAACAAUAUACUUAUACCAUGGACAAAAACUUCCUUAAAACCAAAGCUUACCCUUUACUUGAAGGAGCAGCAUCUUUUUUGUUAGACUGGUGGAUCGAAGGAAAAGAUGGGUAUCUACGAAGUAACCCUUCAACUUCUCCCGAGCAUAUGUUUACUGCUCCGAAUGGUAAGCAAGCAAGUGUGAGCUAUUCAUCAACCAUGGAUGUUGCAAUAACUAAAGAAGUUUUUGCUAUAAUUGUUUCUGCUGCUGAGGAACUGGGCAGAUCUGGAGAUGAUCUUAUCAAGAAAGUUCUAAAGGCUCAGGCAAGACUGCCACCUUACAGAAUAGCUCGGGAUGGUACACUUAUGGAAUGGGCACAAGAUUUUGUGGACCCUGACCCACAUCACAGACAUGUAUCACACUUAUUUGGAAUAUACCCAGGUCAUACAAUAACACCUGAGGAGAAUCCAGAUCUUUGUAAAGCUGCAAAUUAUAGUCUUUACAAACGAACAGAAGAUGGCCCUGGAUGGUCUACUGUAUGGAAAGCUACACUGUGGGCAAAUAUGCGUAACAGUGAGCAUGCAUAUCGGAUGGUCAAGCAUUUGUUCAACUUGGUAGACCCUGAUCGAGAAGCAGACUUUGAAGGAGGGCUUUACAGCAACUUAUUUUCAGCACACCCUCCGUUUCAGAUAGAUGCAAAUUUUGGUUUUUCUGCUGCUGUAUCAGAAAUGCUAGUUCAGAGCACUCUAAAAGAUCUCUACUUGUUGCCUGCGCUUCCAAGGGAUAAAUGGCCAACUGGUUGUGUCAAAGGACUGAAGGCUCGAGGUGGUUUGACAGUCAAUAUUUGUUGGAGCGAGGGAGAGUUAUGUGAAGUUGGGCUUUGGUCAGAUGACACCUCUUCUAUCAAGAGAUUGCACUAUAAAGGUACUACUGUUACAACACAGAUUUCUCCCGGUAAAGUCUACAGUUUUGACAGGCGAUUAAAGUGCCUAAGCAUACUUUCUCGUAAGUAGUUAGUAGAUUUCUUCCAUCAUACUUGGAUUACUCAACACAUAUAGAUGCAGGGAAGAAGCUCUAGCAUUAUGGCCAAGGGAAUUAUUCAUUUUGCUACUAUUCUUGUUAAUUCUUUCAAGGAACAUAGUUCCUCAUUACUGGUGCUUACAUUGAUUUAGAAAUUUUGUAUCAUCAACUUUUAUCUUGAAAGCAAUGAUAAAUUAUUGAUCAGGAGCA